AUGGAGCUAGAUAUAUAUCAAAAUGACAGUCCCAGCCAAAACAACUUCCUUUCAAAGUUAAAUAUACAGGGGAAGGACCACAUUUUAUCGGACAUCAACGAGGAUUUUUUAAUGGCACUUGUAUACAGCUGUCUGUUCGUCUUCACGUGUUAUAUUCUGCUUUACAUGAGUUAUCACCUGUCCGUUAAUAAGAAAAGGAAGAAGGAUAUGUACGACUCCAUGGGAGCGGUCUUCUUUGACCAGAAGAUUAUAAAAAAAUCGGAGGAUCUAAAAAUCCAGUUGUGGAAUAACUGGAUGACCCGUUUAGAAUUAGAUUGGAAGCGUUUUGACACCUUCAUUAAAAAUUAA